GCGGCGACGUGUUCCUGGGCGGCGGCUGGGGCAAGAGCCUCAAGGGGGUCGUGGCCGAAUGGAAGAAGCAUGAGAAGCUGAACUCCCAGGUGGCCCAGGCGCGCUGGAAGGGUUGGAUCGACCAGGCCUUCGCUGGAGGCGCAGGGGCCGCGCGCGCCACCUCCGAGGCCCCUGUCUGCCAGGAGGUAGUGCAGGCCUGUGAUGGGAGCGACGGGGAUGCCAUCGUCGAGCGCGGGCUGUGGGCGCUGGAGGACAUCUCGGACGAGGCCGUCGACGCGAUGAUUGCGGUCUUCCACAUGUGUGAAGACUUGCUGCAAUGGCCGAGCAGCCGCCUGGUCAAUGUCAUGGUCAGGAUCCCUAACCCUGAUGGCGGCAGCCGCCUGGUCGGGCUCAUGCCGACGCCCGUGCGGGCGCACCCUUUGGACCUCGCAUGGAGCGCGGGGCCUGGGCGCUCCAGCUCCGACUCGGCGUGCUGCUUCAACCUGGCCAUGGAGCAGACCAAGUUGGCGGGCUGGGGCUCGGCGGAGGCGGCCCUCGACCUCUGGAAGGCGUAUGAGAUGGUGACGCCACAGGAGGCCCGCGCGCUGGAGUUCCAGCCCCGCGCGCUGGCGGCUUUCAACGCGAUGUCGCGUGCCGUGCCGCGCGGGCUGGUGGACGACGCCGCGCUCGCCUGGGCGGGGCCGAGCGCGGGGCGCAGCAAGGACUUCGCCAACGCCCUCAGCAGCUUCACGGCCAGCGUCGCCGACCUCCAGCUGGGGCUCCACGAGAAGGUCUGGGCCCGCAACCUGGGGCACGAGCUGCGCGGGCGCAAGGUGAUCCGCGCCCAGGAGAAACGAAGGCUUGCCUCCCUGAUGGGCAGGUGGCGGCGGCUGGCCAUGCGCAGGCGGGCGGUUGGUAGGCGCGCGGCGGCCCCGGUUGUUAGGGGCCUCUCGCUCUCUGCGGGCCAUGGGGCAUGCGUGGCGGGCCUGGCUGGCCGCCCUCUCGCCCAGCUGCGUGCCCUGGCGGCGGCCGCUGCGGGGGCUAAGGCUGGGUGCGGGGCCGCGGCAGUCAUGCUCCUGCAUGAGCGCGUCGACUACGACCCGAUCUACACGGCCGCGGUCCCCCUGGUCGUGCGCCUUGCCAGCCGCAUCUGGGAGGGCAUCGGCUCCCUCGCCGCCCUCGCCGCCAGCUGGGGCAGUCUGGCGGCAGUGGCCACUGCGGGCCGCCUCACCUGGGCCAGCGCCUAUGGGCCCUUGGCGGCAACGUGGCUCUCCCUCGAGCGCAUCGGCUGGAGCGUGCAAUCGGUGUGGGCGCUCAGGUCGGACAUCGGGGAGCUGCGCUCCAUGUUGCACGCCGCGCCGCGGGACAUCGAGAGCGCCUUGGUCGAGGGCAUCCAGAUAUGGCAGUUCCGCCGAGCAGUGGCCCACCUCCCUGAGAGCGGCCACUACACCAACGUCUGGAGGUACAGCCAUGGGUUCACGGACGCCGAGGUGCGCCGCGCGUGCGGCGAGGCGCGCGACACGCUGGUGCAUCGCUGGUGCUGCUGUCCUGUGGUCAUGGCGCCCAGGGGCGACGAGCUGGAGCAGGAAGAGCCGUCCCGCAGGCCGCUGGGGGCUCUUCACCAGCCGAUGCACGAGGCGGAGCCACGCUGGACCGUCGGCGACAGCUACCUGCCCCUCUCGUGCGGCCUCCCGCUGCUGCCCGCGCUGCCGCCUGCGUCGGCUGGGGUGCUGAACGCGUCCCCUGGUGAAGUCCAGACUGUGGGGCGAGCGGAGCGUUUCGCCUGCCUGGCCACGCUGCGGCAGCCAGGGGCGACAAGCCUCAUCGCCAGCGACCUCCAGUCACUCGUGGCGGAGGACAACUUCUGGAGCCCAGAUGCGGGCAUCCGGCCACUGGACUGGCUGGGCAACUGCUGGGCGGACUCCUUCGCCAACUUGGGUGCGGCGGAGAUCAAGCUGCCCGGCGGCGCCGCCGUGGCGGUCCAUGCGGAGCUCCAGCGGGCGCUGGGCACGGCAGACUACCUCGGCUGGGCCGCGGCCAGGAUUUGUCAAGUCGACUUGUUUAGGCCGCUGGACGAGGACGGGGGGCUCAUGCGGAAGUUCGAGCCGAAGCUGCUGGCGGGCCCGCAGCUCAGCCUCACGCGCCACGAGUGCCAGACGGUGGGGGUAGGCGGGGUCCAGUGCAUCCACUGCGGGCGGGAGGCCAACGCGGACAAGGCUCGGUCCCCCCUGGGCUGCAGGCCGUGCCAGCCCCCGCGCCUUGGCCAGAUGAGAGCGGCAAAGAGCCAGAGCGCCGCUGGGGCGCAGAGGCUGGCGAGCUCAGAAGCGGUCAACCUGAGCUUGCAGGUGGCGGACUUGGUGGAGACGCAGGUGGCGCAGAAGCACCCCGCGGCAGCGGCGGCGACGCGUCGGAAAGCCGCGGGCAACGACAAGUUCGCCGUGCAGGCUUGGGGCAGGUCGGGAGACCUGGAAGUCGUCCUUGCGCAGCUGGAGUCUUGGUGGACCACGGACUUGGCGGACCAGAGCCAUGCGUGUGCGUGCUGGCUGCAGGAGUAUGUCGACUACGUGUGCAGGCUGCUCGGCGAGCCCGCUUUCAAGGGGUUUUUUCCAUUACAUCGGCGGAAGGCAGAGAAGCGGCGGAAGGCCGAGGAGUUCUGCGAGCGAGGCUGGCAGGACGGCGCCCCCUUCCGCGAGGCCCACAUCGACCCAGCGCUGCAGCUGGAGGGCGAGGCGUUCAGGAUGCGGGUCCACCAGUUCCGUGGCUACUUGGCGGCUGGGCGGGCCUUCCUCUGCGACCGCGGCAACGCCUUGCACGUGGGGGCGAGCCGCCAGCGCUUGUGCACCGCCGUCCUCGAAUCGCCCACCUCGGAGGCCGACGAGGACGUCUGGGUCGACCUAGACGACGAUGACAUGGUGCUCAUCAGGGGCUUGCAGGCGUCGGACGUGGAGGCCAUGCGUGCGCGCAGGGAGCAGGGCGAAGCCGCCGGUCGCGGGGGCGAGGUCCAGCCUCACCGCUUUCGCACGCCACCGCCUGGCAGGGGUGCGCCCGCGGCACUGACGCCGCAAGGCGGCCCGCCACAGCUGCUGCCGUGGCCUGGGGCUGAUGACGGAGGUCCCCAACCGCCGCAGGCGCCUGGCGUGGGCUGUGGUGAGGCCAGCAGGAGGCGCAGCACCGUGCCGCCCGAGAGCGAGGGCGAGAUCUUGGACAUCAGCUCGCCUGACGCCCGCCGACGGGCCCACCGCCGCAGGCGCCAGCCUUCGGGGCCGCCGCCUGACGGCGAGGGAGGAGGUUCGCCCCCCAGCAGCAGCUCCACGUCGGUGCUCACGUCGCUUCAGGGCUUGCAGCUGCUGAAGCGCACCCUCAUGGACUUUGCAGCGGUCUGGAUCUUCGACCUGCGGGACCCCGGCGGCGCGGAGCGCAGCUGGCUGGCUUGGGCAGCGAGGUUUGCCAUGGCGAUGGUCGGGCAGGCGUGGCAACGCAAGGCCAGCGUGCGGCAGGCGACGUGCAGGCACCUGCUGGACUUGUCCUUCUCCGCAUGGCACCAUGUAGCGGCGAUGCAGUGGGCGUCCACUGACGAAGUGGCGAGGGCCAUCGAGGCACAUAUCGGGCCGGCCGCAGCGGCCCAACUGCCCGAGCUCCCUGGCUUAGCGGGGCCCGUGCCAGGCAUCGAGCCGCGAGGCGUGCCGCCGCCCAGGACGGCCAUGGUACCUCUGGCUGCUGCGGGCCCCCCAGCCUUCGGCCAGGCUCGAGGAGCAUUGACGGGUCACGGGCACGGCCGCCCUCAGCUCCCCCUCCUGCGGCAACUGGGGCAGGCGGACUUUGACAGCGACGACGACGGCCCCGAGCCAGACGCUGCACCGUCGGGCCUCCAGCCGCCGCCGCCAGCUGGGCCCCCCGAGGCGGGCGAGGGCGAGGGCCUGCUGCCUGGAGCGGGGGGUGGCGCAGACCCCGAGCUUGCGCCCGCCGACGACGUCUCGUGGCACGUGGACAGCGUGGCAGAGGGGCCCGACUCGAGCUCGUCGCACGGCGGGGGCCGCGCGCCUGGCCCCUUUGGCGACGCAGGCUGGGGGGAUGCGAGGCCGCUCGACGGCCGAUGGCCGAGCGGCGGGCGGGGGCUCGCCGUCCUGUGGCGCGGGCUGGCGGCGUGA